AAGGGGUAGACAGGCGGCGGGGGCAGUGGUGGGGUGGGAUAAUGGCGGCCGCGGCGGCAUCCUCCUCCGCCAUUUCUCCCCUCCCUUCUCCUUCCUCCUCGCAGCCCCUCUUCCUCCUCCUCCUCUCCAGGCCGCCGACACCAUCCCGCGUCCGCCUCCGCCUCCGCCUCCACCUCCACCUCCGACACACGCACCUCCUCCCCGUCCGAUCCCGCCCGCAUCGAGCCUCCACCUCCACCCGCUGCUGCUCCUCCUCCGCCGCCGCGUCCUACAACGGCUGGGCCGACCUCCCUGCCGCCGACGACCCGCUGGGCCUCCCCUUCCUCCGCAUCACGCAAUCCCUCGCCGCCGCGCCCUACGGCCUCCCCCUCCUCCUCCUCCCCGUCGCCGCGCUCUCCCUCUCCCGCCUCCCGCCCGCCCCGCUCCUCGCCGCCGUCUUCGCCGCCGGGUUCGCCACCGCCAGGCACCUCGCCCCCGGCGCCCCCUCCAGCCACUGCCUCGCCGCCCUCCUCGCGGAUCUCGACGCCCGCCUCCUCUCCCUCAAGGACCGCCUCCUGGCCGACGACGACGGCGACGACAGGGGCCGCCCCGUCCUCGAGUCCCUCGACCGCGCCCGCGAUGCGCUCCUCGAGUUCGCGGCCGCGGCGGCCGGCCCUGCCCAGACCAACGGCGGCCCCGCCCCGGGAGACGCCGCGCUGGGCGAGGUGGCCAGGGAGGUCGCCGGUUACGUCGGGGGCUGGGCCAAGGCCGCCCUGCGGGAGCUCAGCUUCGCCUCGCCGCGGAAGAAGCCCGCCAAGGCCGUCGCCCCUGAUGCCGCCGCCGCCGCUACGGCCGAUGCCAAGAGUAAUUCAGGCUCUGGUGUAGCUCAUGCCCAGCAAGGGGAUGGGGAACACGAGCCGGCUGAUUCAACGGCCGCCGGAAGUGCCCGGCCGCUCGACAUGCUGCCGUUCGAUGGCAAGGAUGCUGCUGCCAAUGGGUUUGAGGAUGCCGGGUUCAGUUCUGAGAGUGGGCAGGAAGACGACGACCGGCUGGAGAGGCUGGUGUCCAAGCACAGGCAUGGCCACGGCAGCAGGGUGCGAAAUGAUGGUCCCUUUGAAGAAGGCGGCAGGGUGAGGAGCGACGCUCGCUUUGAAGAAGGCGGCAGGUUCGCCGCCGCUGAAUCCGCCGAGUCCUCUUUGCUGGAGAGGACGCUCGAGAUCCGGGACAGGUCGUACAGGCUGAAGAUCGAGCGCCGCGACGGCGGUGAGAGCCGAGCGAGUGGAGCACGGGGGAUGCCAAUUGAUGAAUUUGUGGGCAGUGGCGCCUCCAGUGUUGAUGAGCAACCACUUACAGAUGAUGAUGAGGGUGGUGGUGCUGCCAUGGGUUCAGACGCUGAAGAGUUCAGCCGCAACGUUAAGGAGGCUGCCGAGAUCUUGAGGAAGGCGAGGGAAUGCAUGAUGGCCAGGGACGACGAAGAGGCCGCAGACACGUUGCUGUACAGGUCGGCAAGGCUUCUGUCCACCGCCGUGGCAUUGAGGCCGACAAGCCUGGUAGCGGUCGGUCAGCUAGGGAACACUUACCUCCUCCAUGGAGAGCUGAAGCUCAAGAUUAGCCGCGAGCUGAGGACGCUGCUGGCCAACAGCGGGGCUUAUCUGAAUGGAAGAGAGCGCGUCUCACAGUCCAGGAAGCUGGACAGAAGAAUCCUUAACAGAGAGAGCAUUUCUUCAGCGCUAGUGGGCGUUUGCGAGGAGUGUGAGAGCCUCCUUGUUGAGGCUGGGAGAAGCUAUAGGACGGCUGUGUCAAUUGAUUCGGGUGACGUCAAGGCGCUGUACAAUUGGGGACUGGCGCUUAUCUUUCGUGGCCAACUGCUCGCCGACAUCGGACCGGAAGCAGCAGUUGAUGCUGACCGGGUGUAUUUGGCUGCAAUCGACAAGUUUGAUGCCAUGUUAUCCAAAAGCAACACUUAUGCUCCAGAAGCUCUCUACAGAUGGGGCAGCGCGCUGCAGCAGCGAUCCCAGUUGCGGUCUCGGAACAACAAGGAGAAGAUAAGGCUGCUGGAGCAGGCAAAGAGUCUGUUUGAAGACGUUCUGUAUGUAGAGGGCAACAACAAGAUGGUACGGGAAGCACUGUCCUCGUGCAUAUCAGAGCUUAACUACCAUGGACGAUGGCUACAGUGAAUUGACAUGGGGAGUGCCAUUAGUCGUGUGCUGUAUUAGGAUUGAAGACAGAGAUGAGUGGAAUAAGAUGAAGCGAGCUGUAUGUAUGAAGGAUACAGAAAUCCUUUACUACGACGAGAAAGUCGCUCCUGUACAAUUUGACUUUAAGGCCUAGCAUUUCAACAGGAAGGAAGAACCUUUGUAGAUGAGCUUUACAUAUGAAUAACAAGGAUCCCGGAAUUAGUUUAA